AUGGAACUUCUCAUUCACUUGACCACAGACAAAGACAUCCUCAGUCUUGGCCUGACCGCCAACGAUGAACCCUCAGGCUCCGAGAUUGCCUUCGCACUGAAGACAGGUCUAGAGUCACCAUAUCUUUUGCAUCAGCUGCUUGCAUUUUCCGCCCGCCAUAUGGCAUAUCUUCACCCCGAGCGCUCAGCUGCCUAUCUCCACCAAGCUGUCACACUCCAGACCCGAGCUGCAUCACUCUUCACUGCCGUUGGCACGGAAGUCAAUCAAUUCAACUGUGUCGCUGUUCUUCUUUUCUCGUCUAUCCUAGGCCACCAUCUUCUUGCGGACACACUUUCGAAACGAGAUCGGGGCGGUUUGCAUGAUUUCAUGACGAGCUAUGUACAGUUUGUCGAGAUGCAUAGGGUUAUCCACACGAUUGCCAUGACAGCGUGGCCGCAGUUGAUGGAGUCUGAGCUUGAGCCUAUUCUCUCGUGGAGCUCACAGUUUACUGCACGAUCUCCAAGGGGUCCUGAAUGUCAAAGAGCCAGGGGGCUGAUAAGUAGCUCGAAACUGCUAUCAGAAGAGGAAAAGAGGACAUGUUUGCUGGUUAUUGAUUAUCUGCAGGUUGGGUUUGAUGCAGUGUUGGCUGACGAGGAACAAGGGAACCGAUAUCAUAUGCUUUGCACAUGGCCUAUGCUGGGUUCACCCGAGUUCACCGCGUUGUUGGCCGCAAAAAGGCCAGAGGCUUUGGUAAUACUGGCAUAUUAUGCGUUGUUGCUUCACCAUGGGCGGCACCUAUGGCAAGUCCAGGACGCUGGAGCCUACAUGCUAGGGAUUAUCACUGCCUAUCUUGGCCCGCACUGGGAUCAUUGGCUUGAAUACCCGAGACAAAGGAUAAUUGAUGCCAGGUAA